UUUUUCUGCCCAAUCCAACCCCACUCCUGCCUUUAACCUCCGCCAACCUCUUCUCUCUCCCAUCCCUUUAAAAAGUGCCCUCUCUCCAGUCUCCACUCAUCUCUCCAAACUCAUAUACUCUCUCAUUUCGAUUUCAUUAUUAUUAUCUUUUCCUCUCUUUCUUAUUUUUACAUUACAGUUUACAUCAAGAAUCAACAUUAGCUAUGGCUGACGAAGUUCAGAACGCAGCCUCCGAUGGAAUGCCGCAUGUGGACGAGGUGGUUGUUGUUCCUGACGUGCCACAAGCUGAGAAAGCUCCGGCCCCUGCUGCAGUCGGGAAAGAGCCACCUCCGGUACCCGAAAGCGAUGAAGAACCGGUGAAACCAAGGCAGGUUGAGGAGGCUUUAGAAACAGAGGUAUCAAAACCCGAUGUGGAUGAUCAAGAAAAAGUUCCUCAGUCGGGUUCUUUCAAGGAAGAGAGCACCAGGGUUGCUGAUCUUCUUGAGAAUGAAAAGAAAGCGCUUGAAGAACUUAAGCAACUUGUUCAAGAAGCGCUUAACAAGCAUGAGUUUGGCGGGUUAAGCAAAUGCCUCAACAACCGCGAAGCAGCUAAAGAGGACGAGAAGAAAGAGCUGGUGGUGACAGAGGACGAGGAGAAAGAGGUGGUGGUGACAGAGGACGAGAAGGAACCUGCCAAAGAAGAGCCAAAGGAUGAAGUGGUUACCGAUGAACCACCAAUACCACAAACAGAAACAGAAACUGUAGCGGAAACAAAGAAGGAACCAGAAAAGGAAGAAAAUAUCAAUCUGCUUGAAACGGAGGGUAUUGAAGAGAAGGCUGCUGAUACUGCUGGCUCCGACACUGUGGAAGAUGAUGGUGCCAAGACCGUAGAAGCCAUUGAAGAGACUAUUGUUUCAGUCUCUUCUUCAGUUCAACCAGAGCAACCAGCUGGAGCUAAAGAGCCUGCAGAGGCUGAAUCGGUCUUGGAAGAAACACAAGAAGAUGCUAAAACAGAGGAUCAAGUGCCCCCAGAGGAUAUAUCAAUAUGGGGCAUACCACUUCUUGCAGAUGAAAGAAGCGAUGUUAUUCUCCUUAAAUUUCUAAGAGCCCGAGAUUUCAAGGUGAAAGACGCAUUCGCAAUGCUUAAAAACACGAUUCGUUGGAGAAAGGAGUUCGGCAUUGAUGAAUUGAUAGAACAAGAUUUGGGUGAUGAUUUGGAGAAGGUGGUGUUUAUGCAUGGUUUUGACAAGGAAGGACAUCCGGUGUGCUAUAACGUGUACGGGGAGUUCCAAAACAAGGAGCUUUACCAGAAAACAUUCUCGGAUGAAGAGAAGAGGCAAAAGUUCUUGAGGUGGAGAAUCCAAUUCCUGGAGAAGAGUAUUAGGAUACUGGAUUUCAGGCCCGGUGGCAUUUGUACUAUUGUUCAGGUCAAUGACUUGAAGAAUUCUCCAGGACCUGCUAAGUGGGAGCUUAGACAAGCUACCAAACAGGCCCUUCAAUUGCUCCAGGACAACUAUCCAGAAUUUGUUGCCAGACAGGUGUUCAUCAAUGUACCUUGGUGGUACCUUGCAGUCAAUAGGAUGAUAAGUCCAUUUUUGACCCAAAGAACUAGAAGCAAGUUUGUCUUUGCUGGCCCUUCAAAAUCUGCAGAGACGCUUUUCAGGUACAUCGCUGCUGAGCAAGUGCCAGUCAAAUAUGGAGGACUGAGCAAAGACGGUGAAUUCGCCAACACUGACGCCGUUACUGAGAUAACAGUUAAGCCAUCGGCGAAGCACACAGUAGAGUUUCCAGUUACUGAGACAUGCCUUCUCACGUGGGAGGUCAGAGUUGUUGGAUGGGAUGUUAGCUAUGGUGCAGAAUUCGUACCUAGUGCUGAAGACAGCUACACAGUUAUAAUCCAGAAGGCUCGGAAGGUUGCAUCUACUGAAGAACCCGUCGUCUGCAACAAUUUCAAGAUUGGUGAACCUGGCAAGGUUAUUCUCACCAUUGACAAUCCCACCUCAAAGAAGAAGAAGCUCCUCUAUCGCCUCAAGACCAAGCCUACAUCCGAUUAAAUGAGAGCCAAAAAGAAACUAGGCAUUCACAUUUAAGAUCAUUACAGCUGGGAGGAUGAAAUUAUUCUAUUUGCUCUUGCUCUGCAUCAAGAAAAAAGAAGCUUUUAACAUUAAUUUUGGAAGUUGUUUACUAUAUAUGUAUGCCCGAGGGGUUUGUUUAUAAUCUAUACUCUAUACUGCGUCCAAGCUGUAUUCUUUUUCCUCGUAAAUGCAAAACUGUUUUUGGUUAGUGGGAUUCCCACGGAGGCAUAAUAUUAUUCUUUUGGGCUCA